AUGGACAACAGAAAUGCCCAGAUGUACGUGGAGUGUAGGAUCAAGGCUCCAGAGGCCCAGCCAAGUCCUGGUCUGAGGACUGCCAGCAACAGGGCUGGUGUUGAGCCCACCAUAUCAGAAGUCAGCCAGGUUGUGUUUCCAGAUGCUGAAGGGAUAGACAGUGGGAAGCAGCCCUCAUCAGCACCAGGAGGGCCAGAGGACGGGCCCAGACACAGAGAGGCAUCAGAGGAGGGGUCUCCGGAGCUCAGCACCCAGGAGCAGGUGCCUCCAGCGGGGCCAAGGAUGAAGCAGUCAUCUUUGGCCCCCCAGGAAGGGCCUGGAGAGCUGCAGGCAGGCCAGGAUCAGGCCACGCCAGGAAGUGAGCUGGAGGUGCUGCCCUCCAGGGUCCCUGCAGCACAGGAAAGGCUGCAGCAGCAGAGCUCAUGGAAGGAGACCGAGGACCAACAGGGGAGCCAGCAGAACCUAGGGACCGUGGAGGGUCAGUUCCCCGAGAGCCGCCAGGACCCAGAGUGUCAGCCCUUCCCAGGUCACCUGGCCGCCAAUGAGUCAGACAUAGUGCAGUCAACAGAGCCUUGUUGCACCUUGGACAGGCAUGGACAGCAACUGGGGGACAAGCCCCCCAAGGAAGUGGACACCCCACCCAUCAGGCCACAGGGGGCUCUGCCAGAGCCUGGCUCAGGGGAACAUGAGGACAGUUCCCAGGAAGCAAUGUCCCUAAUGCCCACGGCAACUCUGGAGGAAAAGACGGCCCACUCUUCCCCACUAUCUAUGCCAAGACCUAACACACCCAAAGAAAGGGACAAGGCUGUGGAGAUCCAGGCAGCACUGGGGCCUGUUCCUCCACCUGAGGCGAGGGACAUCGGAGAGAGGAGGGAGAUGGACCAUACCCAGAAGCAGCCUCAGGAGCCUGUGGGGGCCACUGGGGCCCAGAACCUUGGCAACCCCCGGCCGGGCUUCAUGAAGUGCUUGUUGGAGGUGGAAGAGGAGGAGGCCACGCGUUGGAGGGUCACCAAGGCCCGCGCGCUGCCAAACCGGAAGUCCCCCAGGACCCUGGCCCCCGUGCCCGUCUCUGCCCCAGUUGGCAACUCAGCCCCAACCUUGCCUCUGACCCUGCCUCAGACCCCUGCCUCGGCUCCUGCCAUGGCCCCAUGCUGGGCCCGACCGCCAGCCCCUGGGCCACUUCCUGCCCCCAUGGGAGCCCCAGCUUCAGUGCCCGUCACGGUCCUGCCGGUCCCUGCAUCAGACCUGGGCUGGAGAAGGACAGAACUUUUGCACCACAGCGGGGAGAGGAGCCUGAAUUACCCCAAGGCACGGCAGGAGCUGGAAGAACACUGCCUCCUGAAGGUGCGUCAGACCUGGGAGGAGAGGUCGGAAGAGCACCUCACACUGAAGCAAGAGGAAGCCUUCCGCAGCUACUUUGAGAUCUUCAGUGGUCAUGGCGAGGUGGAUGCACAGAGCCUGGAGAACAUCCUGCUCCUCGUGGGCAUCUCCCUGACGCCGGCCCAGGUGGAGGAUGCCCUGAGGAGUGCUGAUAUCGAUGGAGACGGCCACGUGAACUUCAAAGACUUCUUGGCCGUGAUGACAGACACCAAGCGCUUCUUCUGCUCUGUGGAAGAGAAGGCCCUGACGGACAUGGCUCCCCCAAACCCCCGCACUCUGCUCUUUGAGAUCCUGUCCCUGCUGGUGGAGAUGCUGGCCUUACCUGAGGCAGCCUUAGAGGAGAUCACCAGCUAUUACCAGAAGAAGCUGAAGGCAGGCACCUGUAAGGCCCAAGAGAUGGAACCCGCCAUUGGCCGGCUGCGGUCCCGGAAGAAGCUUCCCGACAACCCGCAGCAGGCAGACACCUUGGAAGUCCCAGAACGAAAAGCCCUCAGGAUCCUGAGCCAGCUGAAGCAGCAGAACUAUGCUGCCAACCUGCAAAGCCCCUAUGCCCAGGUGCCUUGCAUCCCGCUCUGCCCGCGGCUGGACAAGAAUACGGUCCGCCGGAAGCAGGGCAGCCACUAUGUGCUGGAGCUGUGUACCCCCACCAGCCUGGACCCUGACACCCGUAGCCUCUUCUUCCAGACUGGAUCUCAAGGAAGCAGGGAACCCAGCUCUGACAGCCGAAAGUGGCUCAGUUCUGUGCCGGCUCGAACCCACUGA